AUGAAAGAAGAAAAUAGAAGGUUAAGUGUAAUAUUGAGCUUCUUAGAGGCACACUGUCGAAGUUACUUUCAUAUUCAAGAAAUUGGAUAUAAAUAUUCUAAAAUGAAUAAUACAGAAGAUCUAGAUGAAUGGAAAAAGCAGAGAUAUGUAGAGGAUUUUAUUUGGUUUCAAGAGAUAAAUGAGAUUUGUGAGGAAUAUGGCGUAAAUGUUUGUUUAAAAGAAAUUGAAAUUGAUAACAUUUCUGAAUAUUGUAUGUUAUUAGUUUCUGAAACUAUUGUAUAUUAUGAACAAAUUGAAAAAAUUGAUAAUAAAUUUUGUUACUUUAUCAAUGGUACUAAACGAAAAAAAGAAGUUUCACCUAAUGGUUAUCUAUAUUGUACAAUUAAUCAUAAUGAGUUAAUUGGUAAAGUAGAAGAUGGAAUAGGAUUUUUAUAUCUCUUUAAAAAGAAAUUUUUAGAAGAUCUUUCAAAAAGAAUUUGUGAUCAAUGUCUAGAAUUUAAA